ACCAGGGGAAAAUGUGCAAAGUUUGCCCGUGUGGUCUUUCAGCGCGAUCCCGCAGUAGCGACAGGACAUGAGCAGGAAUUAAACGAAGAAUGCGUUUCAUUUGGGAUUUAUGUUUGAUUUUGCAAAUAUACAUCAUCUGCAGUUCGUCAGCUCAGCCUAUUAUAUCCAAGCUUGAUGAGAGUUGGUGGGCAUAUAAAGAUGUGGUCCAGGGAAGCUUUGUUCCAGUUCCGUCCUUCUGGGGUCUGGUCAACUCGGCCUGGAACUUGUGUGCCAUCGGGAAGAGACAGUCCCCCAUUGACAUCGAAACCACUCACAUGAUCUUUGACCCUCACCUGACCCCUCUGAGGCUGAACACAGGAGGACGGAAGAUGUAUGGCACCAUGUACAACACAGGAAAGCAUGUGUCGCUGCGGCCGGACAAAACACAUCUGGUGAACAUCUCUGGGGGCCCCCUGGGUUACAGCUACCGACUGGAGGAGGUCCGCCUUCACUUUGGGAGUGAAGACGCUCUUGGUUCUGAGCAUCUCCUGAACGGACAAGGAUUUCCUGGAGAGGUCCAACUGAUCCACUAUAAUCAAGAUCUGUAUGCUAACUACAGUGAGGCGGCUAGGAGCCCUCACGGCAUCGCUGUGGUCUCCAUCUUCAUUAAGCUCUCAGAAAACUCCAACGCCUUCCUCAACCGUAUGCUCAACAGAGACACCAUAACCAGAAUCAACUACAAACAUGAUGCAUUCCUACUAAUGGGCCUGAACAUAGCUGACCUUUACCCUGACACCAUCCGCUACAUCACCUAUGAGGGCUCCAUCACCAUCCCUCCCUGCUACGAGACCUCCACAUGGAUCCUCAUCAACAAGCCAGUUUAUGUGACACAGAUGCAGCCGGGUCAGAAGCGGGCUGAGCUGUGGGUUUGUCCUGCAGAUGCACUCCCUGCGCCUCCUCAGCCAGAACGAGCCGUACAAGAUCUUCCUGAGCAUGAGCGACAACACCCGGCCGGCCCAGCCUCUGCUGCAGCGCUGCAUCCGAACCAACAUCAACUUCAACAAGCAGGGCCGCGACUGCCCCAACAACCGCGCCCUGCGCCCACAGUACAGAGUGAAUCAGUGGCUCCUGAAGUAAGCUCUGCAGCGGUGGCACCAACCGGUGCAGCUCCACGGGGGGGACAGGGCAGGACUCCUUCCUUCCUGUCUGCUUUACUGGAAAAACUGUUGAGCUGAAAAAACUGCAGACGAACUGAAUGGAAGACUCAACAACUGGACUUCUCCACAGACAGCUUUACUAAACUAACAUUAGCUAAGCUCAGCUAACCCAACUCCAGACCGAGUGCUGUGCAGGCCUUCUACUACACAUCCACAAUGUAACACAGCUCACUACGGCCGGCACAGAAGUUUGCCAUUCAGGCCAAAACGUAAUAUAAAUCAUAAGGCUCCUGAUGUCUGCACUCUGUAUGUUCUUAUUUGUUGUUUUAAAGCUACAAAGAAUGUUUUUUUUCUGUCUGGUUUGUCAGAUGGAUGUAAUGUAGAGACAGGAGUGUGUGACGCCUUCUCUCCGAUCCAGGCUUCAGAGAGUAAAUAUCAGAACCAUCAUCGCUCACUGAAAGAGUUUACAGUUCUACUGAAGGUCCGUACGCCUGGCAAUAAAGAAAACAAAGCUGCAGUGUGGAAGGAAUGAAAAAUAUCCUCCUCAUUAUAUGAAGUAAAAAGGGGAAAAUCUCCUUUUAAAGGAGAAUGUCAGUUUCAUUUCAUUGCGUUAACAUUACGUUCUACCAAAACAGGAAAAAAAAAUUGCUUUAGACUUUGAAAUGUAGUGAUUGAAAAGUUUCUUGUGUAAAAAAAAUGGUUUUACAAGAUUAAAAUAAUGUUUUAAAGGCUUUGAUGAAUGUUGUGUGUUUAAUGGAUCUGAAUUGCCCCAUUAGUGGUUCUUUAUUUUUUCAUGACUUUUUCUCCUUCAUGACAAAGUCACACCCAGUGAGGCUUUACAUAUGAGUUCAUAAUGAAAAUCAUCUCAUCUCUAUACUGUAAAGCUGUUGUUGGAUUUUUCAAGUCUAAUCUCACGUGUACAAAAACAUUAUUCAUUAUUCAUGGGUUAUUGUUUAUUAAAUAAAGAUGAAGCCAAAAUAGGAGCCAUGUGAGUGGAGUAAUGAACACACUCUGUGGUUUAGUUGCAGAA